AAAUACCUGUUUUUUGACCCGAUUCAGUUUUUCACAAGCCAUUCAGGGUCCCUGACUGAGAACCGGUCUCCGACGUACCGCCUGAUCCACCAGCACGCUCCUGUGUUUGGAGUCAACAGCGGGGACGGCGAAUUCCGGAGAGGCCUCGUAGCGCUGUCUGGGUGA